CCGGAGUCCCUGUUCGCACACCACCGAGCAUCACCACUUGUGGCCCACGCCAAUUACUAUCCACCAUGGACCCUAUGAAACAGCUUGAGAGUUCCAAGAAGUCGAUUAUGCGAGUAAAUCAGCAGGGGAGGAUCAGACCGUGCCGAACAGUUGGUCAAACCCUCUCCUGUGCGCCGUGUCGAAGACGCAAGGUGAAAUGUGACCGGCUUCAUCCGUGUGGGCAAUGCAUUAAACAAGACAUUGGCGACUCUUGUUACUACCCCGGGAAACCUGCUGCUUCGUUAGUUGCGAGUGUGCAGCGGAGAAGUGCUGGUGGUGCCUCGGCUUUGCAUCUAUCCCCGGAAGCACCUCGACCAGAAUCUCGAGUGACCGAGAACGCUCGACCGGACACAUUAACAUCUCUAAGAAGUACGCUGGAAAAUGGCGGAGCCCCAAUACAAGGCUCGAGGGUGAAUUCUCGUCCAGUAGCUGCCAGAAAUGACAGCAUUGUCACUGGAACUUUCCCCGUUGGCAGAACUGCGACCCAGUCUUUACCCGCAGAACCUAACGCCUUCUCUUCGUUUUCACAUCGCGGAAAAGAUCAUAAAACUCGCUACUUUGGCAAGAGCCAUUGGUCGACGACUCUGGAUAUGUUCCCCGAUCUCAAAGCUCACCUGCAGAAGUAUAGCGAGGAAAAGCACAAAGAGACCCAUCACAAAUUCGACGAAUACCUGACAAUGAAACGGCUCAAACAUGAUAUGAGGACCCAGAGCAAGACAGACCCUGAUGUUGCCCGGUAUCCGUCAGUGCAGCAAUUGGAAGAAUUGGUUCCUAACCGCAGUCUGGCGGAUUCUCUGGUGGAUCUCUACUUCUCAAGCUUUGAAACAACAUUUCGCAUAUUACACAAGCCACAGUUUAUGUCCGAAUACAAUAACUAUUGGGACCCCGAGCGGCUUUCCGGCUGUCGAUCUUCUAGGACAUUGUUUGUGGCCAAGUUACUGGCCCUUAUGGCAUGCUCGAGUAACUUUUAUGAGCACCAGUCUGCCGAGGAGAGAGAUAAUAGCCAGGUAAGUAUAUCCGCUCGGACAUGGUUUGCAGAAGUUGUGUCAUGGAUCCAAUCUACCACCGGAUAUGCCCGACUUAAUCUCGACAUGAUUCAAAUCAAAUGCUUGAUGGUACUCGGCGGACAGGCCGUUGCGUACGAAGGCGACCUGGCUUGGAUGACAGCGGGGUCUCUCGUUCGAGAAGCCAUCACAAUGGGCCUUCAUACGGAUCCGUCAAACUUUCCACGGGUCUCACCCUAUAUGGCUGAGAUGAGGCGUCGAAUUUGGCUUACUGUCGUUGAACUGGACCUUCAAUCUGCGCUGCAAAAUGGCACGCCCAUGGGGAUUUCAUGGGAUGAAAUGGAUGUGUCACUUCCAUGUAAUAUUGAUGAUCAAGACCUCCAACCCGACUCGAUCGAGCCCCCCGUGUCCUCGCCAAUAUCCACCACAACAAGAACGUCUUUUCAACUCAUUCUGGCACGGAGCUUGCAAGCUCGGAUGACAAUAGCCAAGUGCGUUAGCAAUAUUCGCUCCACUUUGGAUUACCAGGAGGUCUUGAGCCUCAGUAACGAAUUGACGAACGAGAUGUCCAACAUUCCUCUUGCACUACGAAGCGAAGAGGCGACCGAAGGCACAGGAUACUCAACAUUCCAACGAUCAUUCUAUCUAUUUCUCAUCUAUCGCUCUCUACUAGCCCUUCAUCGACCUUUCUUCCUCUCUCUCGCAGAUACCGGCAAUCCAACCUUCGAAUACUCCCGACGACUCUGCGUCCAAGCUAGCACCGCACUUCUGGCUCAACUAGAGACAUCCGAUCUAGACGCGCAAGCCUUCGCCGUGACCAACCAAUCCUAUCCUCAUCUGCUACGGCUCCGAGGGGGUAUGUUCCGCGACGAUAUGUUCCAUGCCGCAGCCACCCUCUGCUUCGAGCUGUGUCUACAAGCCAACGAUGCCCGGAUCCCAUCUCUCCCUGGCUCGCGAACCUCAUUCAUUGACUACGGGACAAGCUACCAUGUAAGCUCGCUCUGGCAGAGCAUUGAAAACGCCAUCCAGUAUUUUGAAUUCAAAGUCCGUGCCGAAAAACAGGGCUGCAAGGCACUCAUGUUUCUUCAUUUGAUUGUCACUUCGGCUCGAAAUCACAACGCACGGACAGGCAACAACGCCGUCGUUAAUUUAGAUGAUGCUUGUCCGCAAGCAUCGCGUCGGUGUCGGGAGCUGUUGUUGGCUGAUACAAAUAAUGCUCAUGAUGGGACGACGCAUGAGCGGCCGGACUAUGCAGAUGUAUGUAUUCAACGCGAUGGUUCGGGACAAAUGCUAAUCGCGUCGAAAUAGGCAGCCGAUAUACACGCUUCCUCGCCAAUCGACGCCACAGAGACUGAGACAAUUCAGCAUGUACCGAAUCAAGGACAGAUCAUUACUCCUC